AUGCCGGCUAGAAUCCACGAGAAUUGCGUUGACUUUCGGGUUUUGAUAUGGGAUAAACGGAAUGAUAACUGGCUUCGUGAGAAUGUCCGACCGGGGGAUUUUUAUGAGGGCGAAAUACCUGCGCUGUGGACUGAGUCGCAUGUUAUAGUCGUUUUCGCGGAUGCAGAUAAAGUACGCGGUUGCUCAUCGUGUAAGAAGCGCUUCACAGAUGUCUUCUGCAUGCCUGAGCUCUGGUGGUCUAGCUACAGCCGUAGAUCAAACGGGUAUUUUGGCAGCGAGACAUUUCGCGAUAACAACGGGAUGAUCAUAGCAUUAAAUACAUGGUCACGAUUCCUCGUCAAGCAAUUAAAUGAAGACAACAACCAUAAAUGGCAUAAAUCCAACAUCCUAACACGCUGGAUAAAAGAUCCCCAACAAACAAUCCUUCUUGUCUUCGAAGCGCCUAAACAACUUCGUCUACGAGAUCGAUUCCCUGAUCCGUUGCUCAUAAACUCUCAUAACGACACGCUCAGCGAUCCAUUCUGGUUCUAUCCCCGUUUAUUCGAAGAUCUCUCUUUUCUUCAAGACAACUCUGUCUGGGCAGUCCGCGACCACGUUCGAAGGAUUGAGAAAACAGAUCUGACGCAGAAACCUGAACCGAAAUAUCGAGCUAUGCAUGAUACAGCUAGACAUGCUAUUCACGUCUCGGAAACGCUUGAAGUAGCGGAGAAGACCAUUACGGCGAUCAUACAGCAGCAUAGCGCUUUUGAAGCUGAGGCAGCUGGGGGGAGUAGACCUGCAAAAGCCAAGUUUCGACAUGUUGGUGAACGGCUGCUUUGGUACAUUCACAUCUUGCAAAGUCUACGGUGCAGAGCCUCCGCGAACAAAGAACGUCUUCUCAACGAGAUCCAACUAGCAUUCAAUUCAGUUGCGCAGUACGAUUCUCGCAUCUCCGUUAAGAUUGGUCAGGCAACUCAAUCCGACAGCGCGGCCAUGAAGACCGUAGCUUUCGUAACACUUACAUUCUUACCCGCUACGUUCAUAUCAGCGCUGUUCAGCAUGUCUUUCUUCAAAGUUGAUGACAAUACGGGGGUAUGGAGCGUUAAUAAGAAGUUUUGGGUGUAUUGGGUGUUUGCGGUUCCAGCUACGCUGUUUACCUGGGGCUUGUGGCUGUCGUGGCAGUGGUUUUAUAGACCGGUUAAGAUUGGGGAGGAGGAGAAGCCUGUGAAGAAGUUUGGUGAUUUGAUUGGGUUUGUGAAACGAGGUGGGACGGACGAUGAUUGUGAGAUGGCUCGAAAGUGA